GGGGUUAAAACCUUAAAGUGUGCAGCUAAAUGUUGGUUUUAGCCUCCAGCUGAGAACCUAGGAUCGGGUUCUUCAGUGAACCCAGAUCUGGGUUUUUGUAAGACAUGAAUAAGCCCUCCUUUGCUCAAAAUUACAAGUGCAAAAAACAAACUUGAAUCUAAUUAACUGAUGAAAUCGACCCUGAAGCCAGAGGUGGCGACUAAAGGUGAAAGCUCUUCGGCGAUUCUAAUAUCUUCGGGUGAAAAUCCGGUGGUUGUUAGGUUUAAGCGCAAAGCUUCUCAGUCUCUACUCCAUGCUAUCUGCGAGUCAUCAUUAUUUGCUGCUUUUCUGUUUCUUCUUGCACGCUCUGUUUCUUCUUUUAGUCUAGAAAAUUGAAAGAUGUACCAAGGAAUCUAUGGUUCUACCAAUUUUCAACUGGACUAGGACACAUAAUGUGGCGGAAGUAUCUCAGACGGAUUAUGACAACUACACAACCAACAAUCCCCUGAGCAUCCAACAGAGCAGCCCUGCUAAUUUCACCCUAACCACCAGCGGUUCCCCCUGCCCCAUCUGCACCGUUCCAACUCAUUGAGAGUAGGGCCUGAAGGUGAUUGUCAAUGUUAGACAAUGGAGUUCUGCUUCAUCUCUAACAACUAGUGUCAUCUCUAUCCUUGUCUUUACUGCAGCCAUCUCUCUUGAGAUAGAAUGCAAGUGUGUCACCGUGCCACAAAAAUAACCUAGUCGGCCCUAA